AUGACCAUUUACUUCAGACUCCCUGGAGAGGUGACCCUGCAACUAAAUCCAAAGAUUGCCAUGCGUCCCUUCGGCACAGACUUUUUCAUUACUUUGCUGGGAGCUGUGGUGGCUCAGAGCAGGUCCAACUCAAAAGCAAUAUCUCGGAAUUCCAACCCAAAUAGAAGGACUCCAAAUCUGAAUAGAACAUCAGCACAACCUGUCAUUAAUGAAGACCCACGGCAUGUUAACCUUACUGCUUCAGAACACGGCAGUAAUAAUUUAGUGUCUCAUGCCAGGAUUCCAGCUCAGAGCCUCUACCAGUGCUCAAAAUCAGCUUCUCCUGAUGAGAUGAAACUCACUUUCCUGAGGAACACAGCAGUGACAUGCAAUGAUGGAACUCCAGCUGGAUUUUACAUACGGGUGUCCAGGGGGAGCAAGCAAUGGUUAAUAUUUUUUAGAAGGUAUGUGAAAUGUGGUGACUGGUAUUGUUAUAAUAAAGAAAGCUGUGAUGCAAGAUACAGGACCUCACCUCGGCUAAUGAGCUCAGCUGAGUGGCCACUAACCCAGAAAGGUUCUGGGAUUUUGUCAGCUGAGCCUGAGGAGAACCCACACUGGUGGAAUGCUAACACAGU